AUGGCGCAGGUCCUGAGGUACAUCGCGGUGCUGACGGCAGUCCUGCAGCUGGCUGGCGCUUGGAAAGAGUCCACCGCCGGCCCAGGAACAGCUGGCGGCAGGACAGUACAACCCACAUCUGCAGAGACUUCAGCACGUGCGGCGCUGAUGGGCGAGUCCGAAGGUACAACACACGGCGUUGUAACGGUUGUACCUACAACAGAAGCUGGCACUACAGUACAAGCCACAUUGUCUGGGACGUCAACUUACACCACACUACAGCCAGACGUGGAUAGCACUGAGAGCGAGCCUGAAGGCACAACCAACGGCAUAGCAACGGUUGUACCCACAAUAGAGUCUUCUGUGGUUGACACUUCUGUACACACCGACUUUGCCGAGACAACAGCACAUACAACGCCACGGCCUGGUGUCAGCACCGAGGAUGAGCUGGAAGGUACAACCAAUGCUGUUGUAACCGUUGUGCCUACAACAGAGGCUACCAUCGGUCUAGAUCGCGAGCUCGGUACGACAGAUGGCAUCACAACGGAGGCGAGUCCGGAUGUUGUAGUUGUUGUAACUGAGUACAGCGAACUGUCUACAUCUGAACCCGACGUCAUGACAGCCGUGUCCAUAAAGUACGCUGAGGCGAGUGCAGCUACGACUGAAGUUGGCUCCGCCGCGCGAUCCACAUUCCUCGCCACGCCCGGACCUACAACUCCACAACCACAGACUUGGGACACUACUUCAUUCUCUCCAGCCACAAACAGUCCAGAGACGCCAUCGACACCAACAACACCGGUCACGGGUACAACCGAGCAACCCUGUACCUACUGGGUCUUAUGCCAACCAAGACGGCCUGUUGAAUCGCUGACGACACGCGCAACUACAACCACCAACAGCACAACGCACGCAACUACAACCACCAACAGUACAACGCACGCUACUACAACCACCAACAGUACAACGCAUGCAACUACAACCACCAACAGCACAAAGGGCACAUCGCCUGCGACUGGGACUCCUGCGAAUGCUGGAAAUGGCUGUGCGUUUUGGUUCUUUUGUGGGAACGUUUCUGUGGAGCCCCCAGCGGACAGCUUGGGGGACUUAAGUCACCAAGUCACGUCCUCAAGCCCGGAGAACAUCUUCACACAACCUUCACAACGCACAGCUGUGGAAACGACUCGGGAAGCUUCAACAAGACCAGCUGAAGCUUGUGCGUUAUGGUGGGAAUGGCAGUGCGCCGUGGAGCAUUCAACUCUCCUAACAGCAACACAGCAUCAGCACACGCACACACCCACUGCGGCUACCCACCAUCCAACAGCAACAAUACAACAUCCAAAGACUCCCACUGCGGCAACCAACCUACCUAUUGACCCUACAACCACGCCUGCGGUGACGGGACGGCGGCCCUGUAACUUCUGGCUGGGGCAGUGUGGACCAAAUAACCGAGUCCCGCCGGCAGAAACCGCCAGCAGCCCCGCCGAGACACAGACGAACCGCUGCUGGUACUGCCUGUUCAGCCAACACGGGAACAGAUAA